AUGUACCGUUUAUUUAUAGUUUUUGUCCUUGUUGAGCUUAUAGUCACCGUCUAUACCAAUGAUCGAUCAUAUAAGUCUUGGGAACGAAUUGAUUGUUAUCCGGAACGUGAGUCCCCAUUUUCAAAUUUUUCGAAAGAAGCAUGUCUAACACGUAAUUGUCUAUUCGAUGAUGAUGCACUUCAAAAUGAAACUCAAUGUUAUUUACGAUCGAACUACGGAUACAUUUUGGAGGCGGAUGUGCAACAAACAGAUAAUGGUAUUCGUCUACGAUUACGACGAAAUCAAGGUGUUGCCAGUAUGUUUCCAAUUCCAAUCGAUAAUGUCAUCCUCGAUGUACAAUAUUAUACUAACAAUAUACUAAGAUUUAAAUUGUACGAUGCGGAUAAUCAACGAUAUGAGGUGCCUAUUCCAUUAACUCCUUCACCCGGUCGAGCAGUAUCGCCUCAAUAUGAAUUCACUUAUGCGUCGAAUUCUUCACGUGAUAAUAUUUUUUCAUUUCGAAUUCAGCGGCGAGUCAUCGGAGCGACAUUAUUCGAUACAUCUCCGGGUGGUCUUGUACUCAAUAAUCAAUUUCUUCAAAUAGUCACACGAUUACAAUCACCACAUAUUUACGGUUUCGGCGAAAAUAAUCAUGAUACAUUGAAACAUAAUGUUGAUGAACAUAAAACAUGGGGUGUUUUCGCUCGUGAUCAAGGUACCAAUUGGGAUACAAAUGCGAAUCAUUAUGGUUCGCACCCGUUUUAUCUUGUUAUGGAACAAAUACCAAAUUCAGCACAAGUUCCAUCGGGUAAUAUGCAUGGUGUUCUCUUACUCAAUUCAAAUGCAAUGGAUUAUUCAUUUUCAUCAAUGCCAUCGUUAACAAUACGUACCAUUGGUGGUAUUCUUGAUUUUUUUGUAUUUCUCGGUCCGAAACCAGAACAAGUCAUUCAACAAUAUACAUGGCUUGUUGGUCGAUCGAUUCUUCCACCAUAUUGGUCACUCGGUUUUCAACUUGCUCGUUGGGAUUAUUCGAAUUUAACACAUAUGCAAAAUGUUGUCAAACGCAACCGUGAUGCUGGUAUUCCACUCGAUGUUCAAUAUGCUGAUAUUGAUUAUAUGGAUGCAAAAAAACUUUUCACUAUUGAUCCGGUUAAUUAUCAUGGAUUAAAGGAAUAUUUUUCUCAAUUGAAUGUCGAAGGAGUUAGAACUAUUAUCAUACUUGAUCCUGGACCAAUUGAUGAUCAAAUUUAUUAUGCACCAACAAUUGAAGGUAUUCAAGAAGAUGUUUUCAUCAAAUGGGACGAUAGACAAACAUUGGUGAAAGGUUCUUGUUGGCCAGGCGAUGUUUUCUUUCCAGGUUAG